CUCUUCAUGUCUCUUCGUGUUUGUCCUGUGAUUGUAAGCUAGACCUGCGGCCAAGGUGGAAGAGAUGACGAGUGAUCACAACCCCUCCACCCCCCCAACCUCCUGACGGCACCUACCGCAAUUCUCGGUCGAGACAAGCGACUCAUUGGAAGGGUGCAACCCGAAAGUAAACAGUAUUGACCAAUGGGAAAGUAGACGGCAGACCGAGACAGGAGACGGACCAAGUAUGGCCUGUGGCAUAGCCAUUCCGACUUCCAUCCUGCUUUCGCAGAGGGCUUGUGAGAAGGACUCUGAGAAAGAGCCUCCUUUUCCACAUGAGCUUCGACGAGCGGAUGGCAGCGCUACUUUUAAGGCACAGUCUCUCGUAGGACAUCCCAACUUGACCCCCGCGCUCUUCUCCUCUUAGUUUCCACCAUCCCGAGCAGGAUACAGUAAUAGCCUGCAAUUACCCCGAUACCGCAUGUUCGAUUCUGUCACACCGAAACGCCCUGAUCUUCUGAUUGCUUUGUUGUACCUCCUAGUUGCCUCCGCAUCGCGGCCUUGCCGGCUCCUAUUGCACCAACCUACAGUUAACGGCACAUCCCCAAACACUGCAGAACUGCCCGAGCCCAUAAGGGAGGUAUGACUAUGGCGAACCAUCCUUUCCACCGCCGUGUCUUCAAUGGAAGUGCCGACUUCCAGAGAGAUGAUUGUCCAGGUCCCUGUCAUCCUGGAGAGUACCUUAACCGCCAGCCGUCCUACCCAGAGGUCGGACAAGUCACCGAGGAUUUCAACCAAUAUCCCUUAGGAAGACCGAAUGCUGCCGAGUAUCUCUUUGGCCUCGACCAAAGUUCUUCCGGUACCAGAGAUGUUACCGACGAGUUCUUUGACUGGGACCUGUGGAGUAAACAAGAUGAGGUUACCGUCACGACCGAGACCUCCAUCGAAGGGGACUCCUUGGUUCGUUCGGCUCUGUCCGCAACACAAGACCAGGAUACUAGGAUGGCCUUGGAUCAUGAAUCCGAGACGACGGAAGGCACUGUCAUUGUCGCUACCUCCAGCCCCCUUGCUAUCCCAUUUCUCAAUCAGCCGACGCGCGGCGAAAAUCUCGACCCUAAACGAUAUCCAACGUCUGAAGACAUCGAUAUCCAUUUAUCCGAACCCGACAGUCAUGAUGUAGAUGAAACGCAGGCCUCUUCUCGAAGCCGACUUGGCAAGCAGACUGCUAAGCGCGAGCGCAUUCUCUCAAAUCCUGAAGAGACAGCGCGUACCCGGGAAAACAGAGCGUGCCUCUCUUGCAAAAUUCAGAAGACCAGGUGUAAGCCUGACGGUCCUUGUCCGCGCUGCGAAAAGUUCAGUAAAAAGGUCGGGAGCCCUUUUACUGUGUGCAACCGGGCAAUUUUGACCAUGAUCAGGACGAAGGCUGAUUGGCCACUGUCAAACCAGGUUUUGCGUCAACCGACACGCAAACAGGCCUGGGGCAAUGCAAGGCGUACUGCGCUCCUCAUCUCCCACUGCACCAACGCCGGCAAGGCAAUACUGUUGGUUCACGGUUGCGAGUUCAUCGAACCGGGGCCAGACCUUCGCUCCUAUCAUAUGGUAGGCAUUGCCCCUGGUGAGGGUCCCAGUGAUAAGGAUCUUCAUGACUGGGGCAAACGUGAUGUGGAGGCCCAUGCCGACACCGAGGAAAAAUUCCCGAAUUGUCUUGAGAAGUUCCUCUUGCUCUAUGAGCAGAUGUUUCAUCAACGUUAUGUUGCGAACGUCAAGAGCUCUGAUCAGACCAGGCCUGGCAAGUUCCACAAACUGAUGGACAACGCGCAGUAUGUGGCGUGUAUGGCAAGGAUCUGGACUGCUAGGCGAUUCUCUGUAAGCGGAGUACCAUUCGGUUUCGACCCUGAACCAGUGUCGGUUUUCUUGCGCCAGCGUGCUGGGAAGGUGAUAGGGCCAAUCGAAGGGCAGAUACUGGAGCAGCUCAAGGCGUUCUCAACCUCCCAGGAGACCAAGAUCACACCUGACCUCGAGUCCACUAUGGGUUCAGCACCUGUUAUUGCUGUCUGGACUGCUCUGUGGCAGAUGAUGUUGACAUACCGUAGCGUGCUCAACCUGACGCCGCCUGGCACUGCAUUCCAUGAGGAGACUAAUGAACUCUUCCAGAGCAUGGUCACGAUAUACUCGAGGCUCUUCCGUACGGCAGAAGUGCUCAGAACCGUGGAAAAGGCGUUCGACAGUGCAGAUGCAUUCGAUAACGGUCAAGUUAGACAAGCCUUUCGGAAAGCUUGGGGGACGCGUCUUGAUUUCUAUUCCGAAUUGAAAAACGGGCCAUCAUCCAACAGUCAAGAUACGCUUCUAAAAACACACGUCGUAACCUGGGAAGAGUUGGUCUUGAACCGGCGGAGUAACGAAGGAAAAGGGAAAGUGUGCGAGAAGAAGCAAGCUUGAGUCCCCAAGCAGAAGACAAAGAGAUACUAGUACAUAGGUCCGACUAUACAGGCGUUUGGUACUAGAGGAAGGGUAUGAGAGACUGCGAACGGCUUACAGAAGUAGAACAAUAUCGUAAUGGCAUAUUGACAUAAUGUCCAUGGACGUAGAGAUAGAAUAAUCACUGUCGACAGCAUCA